ACUCCAAAUUCUGUAAUGCGACAUGUCGAAAAGCAAGUCAGAUGAAAUGCGGCACUACUGAGCAAUACUACUUGAUGUUGUUUAGUUGUUGUUAAAAGAGAAACUGUCACACCAGGCGUUUACCCAGAACUACACAAUCUGUUGCAGCGGGUCUGUAUAGUGAUCCUGCCUUUUAAAAAAAACAAUGCUGGUCACCGUUUUCUGUGCGCCGAGGGAUAGCCCAGAAACCACCUUCGCCCUCGAUGUAUCCCCAGAGCUGGAGCUGAGAGACUUUAUAGCACUUUGUGAACUGGAAUCAGGAAUCCCAGCUGGGGAAAUCCAGGUCACAUAUAUAGAACAGCCCCUAAAAGACCCAACUCGUGCCUUGGGGACCUAUGGUGUUAAAGAUGGAGAUGUGGUGGUUCUCAGGCAAGUUGACAGAAGGCCACCAUCAACUCAGCCAGCAUUUCCAGGUCUACCACAUAUUGACUUUCGUUCUAUCACAAUCCCCGGCACCUCAUCUUCAUCUGGUCAACGUGGUGCCAUGAGGACACAGCAGCAACAGGCUUCACAGCCCCAGCCAUCGCAGCCGCAGCCUCAACAGCAGCCGCAGCGUGCCACACAAUCUUCUACGCCAGCGGCCUUUCGCGGCUCCUCUCCUCAGGGGAUGGAUGACCCUGCCUUACUCCAGCAGAUGCUAUUAUCCAAUCCACACGAGCUUUCACUCCUUAAGGAGCGAAACCCGCCACUUGCCGAGGCUCUGCUGAGCGGAGAUAUUGAGCGUUUCACCAAAGUGCUGCUGGAGCAACAGCAGGAUCGAGCCAAGAGAGAGCAAGAGAGGAUCAGACUUCUGACUGCUGAUCCUUUUGAUAUAGAUGCCCAAGCAAAGAUUGAAGAGGACAUCAGGCAGCACAAUGUUGAAGAAAACAUGACCAUUGCAAUGGAGGAGGCGCCAGAAAGCUUUGGGCAGGUGGUUAUGCUCUACAUUAACUGCAAAACCAAUGGACACCCUGUGAAAGCUUUUGUUGACUCAGGAGCCCAGAUGACCAUCAUGAGUCAAGCAUGUGCUGAGCGCUGUAACAUCAUGAGGUUGGUGGACCGUCGCUGGGCCGGGAUCGCAAAGGGAGUGGGCACCCAGAAGAUCAUUGGCAGAGUUCAUUUGGCUCAGGUCCAGAUAGAGGGAAUCUUUCUUCCUUGUUCUUUCUCCAUCUUGGAGGACCAGCCAAUGGACAUGCUGCUUGGCCUGGAUAUGCUGAAGAGACAUCAGUGUUCGAUCGACCUGAAGAGGAACUUGCUUCUGAUUGGGACCACAGGCACUGAGACUCACUUCCUGCCUGAGGCGGAGCUGCCAGAGUGUGCCCGGCUGGCAUACGGACCAGAGGGCAGAGAAGAUAACCGUCCAGAUGAGACAGGUGACAGAGAACUGGCGGAGGCUCUACAGAGGUCCAUACAGGAAAGCGACACCGCAGAUGGACAAACUACCUCGCCGCAGCCCCCACAACCAUUAACAUUACCCAGAACCUUAGACCAAAUGUCCUCAUCCUCCUGCCCUUCACAAAACCCUUCUUCUGGCCAGCCCCAAACCCUGGAUCGUUCUCAGUCUGCCCCGGCCGCAUUGGACCAGGCCUCAGCUCCAGAGCCGAGCCAACAUGUCCUCCAGGAGCCUCCUCGGCCUGCGUCCUCAGCAGAGGAUGCUGGUCCUGCACCUCAUCCGCUCCACCCUCCCCCUCUUCCUGUCCAACGCAACUCCAGAGUGUCUCCUGUACCCUGUCCAUCAACAGACGUCCUCCGUUCACGUACACCUCCUGCGGACAUCAAUUCAGCCUCCCAGGAUCCGGAGGGUGAGGUACAGCCGGGCAGCGCAGAGUGGGAGACUGAAUCAGAUGAAGUGAUGAACAGCCCCGUGCUCCCCCAUGCAGAGGAACUUUCCCCCACUCAACCCAUGGAGCAGGAGGCGACAGGGUGUGACACCACUGAUGCCCCAGAACUCCGCCUGAGUGCUCUUAUCCAACCGGACUUGGUGGAGAUGGAGUCCUCCCCUUCCUCCCAGGGCGUGGCGUCCCCUGAGAGAGACCAGCCCGAAGGAGAGCAUUGCUCCAGCUCCGACAAUAUCCCAUCCCUGGCGGCUGCUCUGAUGGAGCUCCACGAGCUGCUGGUGUCCAACAACCAUGCUCAGUCCCAAAACCGCAGCACCUCCUGCUCCCCGUCACAUCCAUUCAACCAGGAAACCAACGACCCCGAGACAUGCACCCAGACCCCCGAAGACACCACACUUGUCCCCUCUACUGCCAUCCCAGCCAGUGCAGAACCAAGCGAUGCCAAAGCCCACCAUGCUGCUGCUGUGUCUGAUGAGGGACCAUCUAAGUGUCUUGCGACUGACCUCUCUGAACAGGCGGAGCAUCUGGACGGGGACACGUUGGAGACUGCGGAGGGUCGAGGACCGCUGCAGCGUCCAGAUGGCUCCUGGGGAGAGGACGGCAGAUAAAUGUGGGCGAGAUGAGGUAAAUAACAUCAGCAGUUUUCAGACUGAGCCAGAGGAUCCUCCUGAUCCCGCAGGGGACCUGGAGGUCAGGGAGCCUCCAGAGGGCCAGCAGGGGAGAGGGGUCGCCGACGGGCGAGCCUCUGGCACUAACACCCCAGACACUCUUGGCCUCCAGACUGAGCACACUUUUCUCAGCCCUCUGUCCAUGGCAGUGGGCUCACCUGAGGAAGUCUCAAGCACCUCCUCCCCUCCUCUUGCUCAGGGUCCCCAGCUGACAUGUCCGACCCCUCUCGUUCCUUCUCCGCGUCCUUUAAGAGAACAAUUCCCAGCUGAGCACAUCCAGAGAAUUCAGGCAGCGGGGUUUUCUGCCAGGGAGGCCGCAGAGGCACUGGAACAAGCCCAUGGGGUUGUGGAGCUCGCUCUGCUGGCGCUACUAGCCCGCAGUAUCACUGUGCCCACCUAGACUCAGAACCAUACGAGUCCCCAGACCCCCAUCUCAGCGUCUCUCUAAUUUAUACCUUGAUACUGACCCAGAUGUCUCUUCUUAGCAGGGAGCACGUUCAAACACAGGGAAAUUCUGUCCCUCUCUGUGUGUCCUACAGAAUAUCCCAGACAAACAGGACAACUGGUAAAACUGUUCCGGAUACUGCUGAUAUGUGAGGUGUGUUUGCAUGCAGAUGUUUUGGGUGGCCACCCCUUUCAUUGGUUUUAGACAGUUGGUAUGGUAGAUUGAUUUUCUUCUUUUUUUGUUGUCCAUUGUUGACACAUUUAUAAAAUGCCCGAUGUAUGAUUGAUUCUUUAUGAUUUCCCCUUUGAUACCUCAUAAAACAGUUUUUUAAGUUGUGAAGCAUCAGUUAAAUGAAAUAAAAUCUCAAAAUAGAGUAGCGUUACUCCUCUGUCUGCUGAGCUUUAGGUUAUUCAGCACAAACAUGAAUAUUUGAAACAAUUUUGCGGUGAAUGGUUUUUAUUUUGGUAGCGCGUUAGCUCUCAAAUUGGAACCUAAUGACGGAAGGCGUCAUUGUGGGAACUGCUCCAGUUAAGAAGGUUUGAUCAUUGUUGGCCAAGUUUACAAUGUCUCUACAUAAGUAAAAGUCCCCUUUAUCCACGGCUAUUAUCACACUGAAAUAUCAAUAUCAUAGAUGGCAUUUUUCCAUUCAGUAUGUGUGUUUCAGACAGUAUCUUUUACGGUAUUUGUUAUUUUCCACAGUUUAAAAGCAUCUCCAUGUGUAGAUUACAAACCUGUUUGUGGUAGCUCCUGUUUAGAAAUUCCUUUUUAUUUUGUGUCAAAUCUUCACAGUGUGUGUUCUUACCUUUUUUUUUAAAAACACCCAUUUUCAUUUUGUAAUCUGUUAAGAUAUUGUCAUGUCGGUGCAUCAUAUAUCAAGGAUGGAUUUUAAUGGCUUUAUCUGGGUCAUAUACAAACAAUGUUCAGGCAGAUUGAUUUAUCUACUUUUAUCUUGUAUGGAAUUUUAAAUUGCAAAUAAAAUGGAACUAGUAUUUGUA